CUGGAAAAUUUGCAUCUCCAAUGUGAAUUUGUACUUAAUUUAUGUAAAGAUUUCCCUUUAAUAGUUUGAAGGAAACUUCAAAUUUUAAAACCACAUUGGUUAUCCUUUCUACCGUCUUUUGACUUAUAUGUUUAACAAUAAUAAUCAUUUACUCAUAGUUUUAUCAUGAUUAUGGAGAAAGGAUAAUAUCUUCACAUUUUUAUGUUUUCUAAAUAUCUGGCUCCACCCACCCAAUUUUAAAAACCUAUUACAGAGCAAGAUGCAUGCAACCCCACAAAUGUCUUUGGGUAAAAUAGCAUCUGUCCAUUUCAUGGUUAAAAACUACUGGAGCACUGAAGUAAUUUUUUUCUUUGUUUCUUUUUUAGCAUUUAAUUUUUAACUCAUUUUUUAAAUUGCUAGUUUAAAACAUUGCCUGCCUGCAAAAUUUAUACUGCUUCUUCCCAUACUAAACAAGUGACAUCUGCAUGGAGAAAACACUUGGAACCUUAGUAAAGCUGUUUCAGCAAUUAAAUAAUGAGAUAGUUUUUUAAAAAGUUAUGGUCUUUUUCACUGCCAGCCUGCUUAGGCUUACGUUUUUUCUGGCCUUGAUCCUGUGAACAAAUUCAUUCAUUCUAGUGGAAGAAGUCACUGUUUGAGAUGCAGUGGAUGUUCAGAGAUGGAAUUAGGCACAGUUUAUUUUAUAAGACCUAAUUAUGAGUGAUCAAAUCAAAUUCAUCGUGGACAAUCUCAAUAAGGAGCCUUUUAGGAAGAACUAUAAUUUAAUCACAUUUGAUUCCCUGGAGCCAAUGCAACUAUUACAGGUUCUCAAUGAUGUUCUGUCUGAGAUUGACCCAAAGCAAGUUGUUGACAUCAGAGAGGAGAUGCCAGAGCAGACAGCCAAACGGAUGUUGAGCCUUCUUGGUAUUCUUAAAUACAAACCUCCAGGAAAUGCCACAGACAUGAGCAUCUUUCGUCAGGGUCUCGUGAUUGGAAGUAAACCUGUAAUUUACCCAGUGCUCCACUGGCUUCUUCAGAGAACUAAUGAAUUGAAAAAAAGAGCAUAUUUAGCUCGUUUCUUAAUAAAGCUUGAUGUACCAAGUGAGUUUCUUCAGGAUGAAACGGUUGCUGAUACCAAUAAACAGUAUGAAGAAUUGAUAGAAGCCUUUAAAACUUUGCAUAAAGAAUGUGAGCAGCUCAAGACAUCUGGAUUUUCGGCAGCAGAAAUAAGAAGGGAUAUCAGUGCAAUGGAAGAAGAAAAGGAUCAACUCAUUAAGAGAGUCGAACGUUUGAAGAAAAGGGUGGAGACAGUUCAGAAUCAUCAACGGAUGCUUAAAAUAGCAAGGCAACUUCGGGUUGAAAAAGAGAGAGAAGAAUUUCUUGCACAGCAGAAACAGGAACAAAAGAAUCAGCUAUUUCAUGCAGUGCAGAGACUGCAAAGAGUACAAAACCAGCUGAAAAGUAUGCGCCAUGCAGCAGCAGAUGCAAAGCCUGAAAGUUUAAUGAAGAGACUAGAGGAGGAGAUAAAGUUUAAUUCAUAUAUGGUAACUGAAAAAUUUCCUAAAGAAUUAGAAAGCAAGAAAAAAGAAUUGCAUUUUUUACAAAAAGUGGUUUCAGAGCCUGCUAUGGGCCAUUCUGAUCUUCUUGAACUUGAAUCUAAAAUAAAUGAAAUGAACACACAGAUCAAUCAGCUGAUUGAAAAGAAAAUGAUGAGAAAUGAGCCAAUUGAAGGCAAACUCUCACUAUAUAGGCAACAGGCAUCCAUCAUUUCUCGUAAAAAAGAAGCCAAAGCUGAGGAACUUCAGGAAGCAAAGGAGAAGUCAGCCAGCUUGGAGAGAGAGGUGUCGGUGAAGACAAAUCAGACCCGUGAAUUUGGUGGCGCUGAAGUUUUGAAGGGAGAUGAGUUCAAACGAUAUGUCAGUAAACUUCGAAGCAAGAGUACAGUUUUCAAAAAGAAGCAUCAAAUAAUAGCUGAAUUUAAAGCUGAAUUCGGUCUCUUGCAGAGGACAGAAGAACUUCUUAAGCAGCGUCACGAAAAUAUUCAACAUCAACUGCAAGCUAUUGAGGAAAAAAAGGGUAUAUCUGGAUAUAGUUACACCCAAGAAGAGCUAGAAAGAGUAUCCGCAUUGAAGAGUGAAAUCGAUGAAAUGAAAGGACAAACACUGGAUGACAUGUCUGAAAUGGUAAAAAAACUGAAUUCACUGGUAUCUGAAAAGAAGUCAGCUCUAGCCCCAGUUAUAAAAGAACUACGACAGUUGCGUCAGAAAUGUCAAGAACUAACCCAGGAGUGUGAUGAAAAGAAAUCCCAGUAUGAUAGCUGUGCAGCAGGCCUCGAAAGCAAUCGGUCCAAAUUAGAACAGGAAGUCAGAGGACUCCGUGAAGAAUGUCUUCAAGAAGAAAGUAGAUACCAUUAUACGAAUUGCAUGAUUAAAAACCUGGAAGUACAGCUUCGUCGCGCUACUGAUGAAAUGAAGGCAUAUGUCUCUUCUGACCAACAAGAAAAAAGAAAGGCAAUUCGGGAACAGUAUACCAAAAAUAUUGCUGAACAGGAAAACCUUGGAAAGAAACUCCGGGAAAAACAAAAAGCUGUACGAGAAAGUCAUGGUCCAAAUAUGAAACAAGCAAAAAUGUGGCGUGAUUUUGAACAAUUGAUGGAAUGUAAGAAACAGUGCUUUCUGAAACAACAAAGCCAAACUUCCAUUGGUCAGAGGAAUCUUUUAGGAGCUAGUAUCUCUUGUUUUGAAGAAACAUUUAUCUGAAGUUCAGCAGUUCCUACAGUUUCACUUCAGUUUCUUUUUCUUCUGUAAAACUCAAGAAAAAUUAAUAUUUUGAAUAACA